AUGAUUCUAUCUUUGACCACCGUGACCUUUUGGAUCCUAACUUCUGGCACCAGAGCACUUUUGAAGGGAAGUCAUUUGAAGCAUCUUACGCAAGGUUAUAUCACCACACAACCGCUUAAAGGAUCAUUCACGAAGGAUACAGGGCGAAACAAAUUGCGGAGUUUCACAGACAACUAUGGAUACAAUUUCUCCAAAUCGAUCGAAUCAAAAAUUGAUGAACUUCACGAAAGAGUAAAACAAAGAAAUAAAAACGAGCCAGAAUUUUUACAGGCAUUUGAAGAAGUGCUAAAUUCGCUGAAACCAGUUUUUAAAAAAAAUAAUGUAUAUUUGGGAGUGUUGGAAAACAUAGCGGAACCAGAGAGAGUAAUUCAGUUUAGAGUGCCAUGGGUGGAUGAUAAAGGUGAACAUAAAAUGAACCGAGGGUUUCGAGUUCAGUACAGUUCAGUGUUAGGACCUUACAAAGGAGGGUUAAGAUUUCAUCCAAGUGUUAAUUUAAGUGUUAUAAAAUUUCUUGGAUUUGAACAAAUUUUUAAAAAUAGCUUAACAACAUUGCCCAUGGGAGGAGGAAAAGGAGGAUCCGAUUUCGACCCCAAAGGAAAAUCAGAAAAUGAAAUUUUAAAGUUUUGUCAAUCAUUUAUGAUAAACCUGUUUAGAUAUAUUGGACCGAAUACUGAUGUUCCUGCAGGUGAUAUAGGAGUUGGGGGACGUGAAAUUGGCUAUAUGUUUGGGCAAUAUAAAAAAUUAAAAAAUGCAUUCGAAGGUGUAUUAACAGGAAAAAAUACAAAAUGGGGUGGAAGUAACAUACGAGCAGAAGCUACUGGAUAUGGAGUUGUAUAUUUUGCAGAAAAUGCUUUAGCGAAAUAUAAUGAUAAUUUAAAAAAUAAAACAUGUGUAGUUAGUGGAAGUGGGAACGUGGCACAAUAUUUAGUUCAAAAACUUGUCGAGAAAGGAGCUAUCGUUUUAACAAUGAGUGAUAGUGAUGGAUAUGUUUUGGAACCAAAUGGAUUUACUACAAAACAGCUAAAUUACAUUAUGGAAUUGAAAAAUGUGAAAAGAGAAAGACUGAAAGAAUAUGUUAAAUAUUCAGAUACUGCAAAAUAUUUCGAAAAACAAAAACCUUGGAAUGUCCCAUGUAAUCUUGUUUUCCCUUGUGCAACACAAAACGAGAUUAAUCUAACGGAUGCUGACUUGUUAAUAAAAAAUAAAUGCAAAAUGGUCAUUGAAGGUGCUAAUAUGCCUACGCACAUUCAGGCAAUGCACAAAUUAAAACAAAAUGGAAUUAUCAUUUGUCCAUCCAAAGCUGCCAAUGCUGGUGGAGUAGCAGUGAGUGGACUCGAAAUGAGUCAAAAUUCUAUGAGAUUGCAAUGGACACCUCAAGAAACAGACCGCAAACUCCAACUCAUCAUGAAGAACAUUUAUGACCAGUGCGACUCUGCCUCCCAAUUUUACCUGAACGAGUCAGAUCUUGUUGCCGGUGCCAACAUCGCGGGAUUCCUCAAGGUGGCUGACUCGUUCCUGGAACAGGGGGGUUUAUAA